AUGUGGGAUUCCAGCAAACAUGUGUGUUCUCCUGAACAGCCCAGAACCAACUCCCUGAGUCCCAGUGACAGGACAGCGAAUCGAUUUCUCUCCCUUUCCACAGUGUCCAGCACAGGACCUGGCAAAGAGGAGGUGGAUUGGGGGGUGGUGUCAGAUACCAAAUUCCAUUUGGGAUGUCCUAACCAAAACCGGCUCUUGUCCCAAAACAGGAAGCAGAGGAAAAACCAUACCAGCAAACUGCAAGAGCUGGCAUUGAUGCUGCCAGUGACCCUGAAGACUGGUACCAAGAAGCUCACCAAGAAGGAGGUUCUCUUGCACGUCCUGCAGUACAUUCACUACCUACAGAGCAGCAUCAAUGUGACCAAGGCCUUGCUCCAGCUCCACACCAACCAUGGGCACGGCGGGCUCAGGGGGCUGGGUUGGAACCCUGCUGCAGGCCCCGCAAAGCAGAGACUCUCCACCCCAUCCAGCUCCCCACACUCUCAGAAGUCCCGUCUUUGGGGAGCAUGCCGGAAACCUCGGAAGAAAAAGCCUACCCGAGCAUCAGAACGCCAGACCCGGGCCCAGAACCCUCGUCGCUGUCUGGCCCUGGAGAAGCCUGAGAAGCUGGAGACCCCAUCUCCAGACCAGAAAGGAGGAAAUGUGGUGGGGACCACCACCCCUCCAAGAUGCUGGGACUCCUGCAGUCUCCCCAGGGCUGAGGCAUCCUCAUUUCAAGGUGACAGGAAGGGAGGAAGACGCCAGCUGACAUUGCUGGAUGUGGCUGAGAACAGCGUCCACUGUGACAUCUCAAGCUGCUGUGUCAAAUAUGAUACUCAGGAUUCGGGGUCUUAUCCUGCUUUUGAGGCCCAGCAAGGGGUCGAGAUGAUCCAUUUUCUCAACAAGACCCAGCCUGGUCCCAGGCAGAAGCUGGUGUUCUAUGAUUCUGGCGAGGAGGUGGGCAAGGAGUCCCCAAAUGCUGACCCUUGGAUUCCUGCCUGGACUGCAGAGGGCAGCCCCCAAGAGAGCCCACUGGCCUUGGGGCCUCCCCAGAUUACCAACCUGACGGAGACAGACCCCCUGAAGGAGAUCCUAGGGCUCAGCCCCUCCCUCUUCAGCUCCCCAGGGAAAUUGCUGCCUGAACAGAUCUUGGAGGAUGGCAAUGAAUACCUGACCCAAGCUCUCUUUGAGGAAAUAUUGUUAGAUUCUGCACCUUCACCUUCUGCCUGCAUCCUCGAGGAACCACAGAAGAAGGACAUGCCCCCUGAGGUCCCCAAAGACCCCCCUGACUCCCACGACCUGGGCCAGUCCUCGGUCUCGCUGGACCACUGCUACCUCUCGCUGAGUGAAAACAGCAAGGUGCCGUCCAGCCCCGGCUCGGAGGACAUGGACACAGACUCGGUGUGGAGGCAGCAGGAGGACACUCAGGCUGACUUCGAGGGCCUGCAGUCCUCCAGCGAAGAUGGGGACUACACGUGGACCCCGACCCGGCGGGUCUCGCCUCUGCCCAUGGCUGGGAGGAAGGCCAGGAAGGGCCGGGCCAGCCGGCGUCCCUCCAAGUCCAAGGAGAGCAAGAAAGCCCCUGGCACCCCCCAGAUGAAGAAGAAGUGUGUCAACGGCUUCAUCAUGUUCUGCAGGAUGAACCGGAAGCAGUACAUCCGAGCCUGCCCUGGGACCGCAUCCACGGCUGCCACCAAGGAGCUGGCCCAACUCUGGCGGGUAAUGACCCUGCAGGAGCGAAAACCAUACUGCACCAAGGCACGCAGGUUCAGUCGCCAGCACAACCGGAUCGUGAAGCAGGACAGCUCCAGCAGUGAGGACGAGAACUGGGAGACCCCCAAACCCUUCUACCAGCUGCUGGCCGAGAAGGCCCGAGGCUCCCCAGACCCAGUCUCUCCGGAGUUUCAGCAAGGAUGAGGGUGCCGCGCCCUCCCUCGGGCCCUGCUGUUGUUGAAACCAGGAGCCCGUGAUGGUUUCCUGGGCCUCACUCCCGCAAGUGCAGGCCCCCCAGGUUGGCAGGUGGUAUUAUUUAUUGAUCCUGAUGCUUUGUGUUUGCCUUGUAUGGGGCAGUCUGAACUUCUGCCCCAAGGUUGGCAAGCCUCUCACAGCCCCCGUCUACUCUGGGCGGGGGAAUCAGAGAAGCUACAGAGAGGGUGGAAGGAGCACCCUCCCACCUGAAUGAAAUGCAGGGAGGUGAAGGUUCCCUCUGCCUGUCCACUGCCCAGCCCAGAAUCCAAUGCUUUCCACCUUGUUCAAUCUCACCUCACUUUCCUCCUCCUACCCUAUUCUAUUUAUAGAUUAUUUAUUGUUUUCAAUGAAAUAAAACUUUGUUACCAGCAAGAGACAAGGCCAGCUGCUCUGGGCCCUCUUCCUCAGCUCUGUUCUCCGCAGACACCUCCCCAAACAGCUCCUCCAAUCUGACCUUCAGGCCUGUCCCCGCUCAGGGAGCAUGGAUCACAAAGCCAGAAACUCAAGGUGUGCUCUCUCUACUUUAGCU